UUAUUGUUGGGAGGGAAAGAAUUACUUUCUUUUCAGGGAAAUGCAAAGAAAUAAUCCUGUGUACUGUUUUAAACCACUGAAAAAGAAAACGUGGGAUAUUUAUUCUAUUUCGUGUUACUGAAAUUCCCAGAUUAGUGGUGAUAUAUUGUGUAUCACUUUUACCCCACCUCUCUCAAUAUCACUUGAGAGAUUUUCACCUCUCAAAUGAGCCCUCUGAUGUAGUCUCAGUGAAAAAUAUUGAUAUUGGAUUAUAUACUGAUUUCUACAAUUUUAAUUCAGCAUUCCUGAACCACAUAACCUGUUUUCUUUAGAUCAAAAAAUGCACAUGAUGCAGCCAAAGUACUAAAAGAGAUGACAACUGUUAUUCCCAUAUGAGGGGAGGGGUUUCAAAAUUGAAAGUGGGAGCAGCUUGAACACCACCUUGUGAAUGAAUACAAGACAGAAUCAAAAUGCAUUCUAAAUGUCUGUACACUAUACUACACUUUCUCUCUAAUUUGUCUUCUUUAAAAUGCUCUAUUUUAGCAAAUUGACCUUGCUGUUGCAAACAGUAGUGCAAUUUUUGCUCCAUUGGGUCUCAGUAAUUUUUUUUCUCAGAGCUUGGAGCAUAAAAGUUAAGGGGAAACGGAGAGAAGAACAGAUCUGAAAGAUGGGAAGGAAAGGAGGCCAGCUUGACUCCUGGGGUAACAUACUUGAUUUGAGUUGAGCUGCCUAGGGAUGAAUGUGCAUCCUAAUUGAGAAGAAAAGAGACGUUUGUAUUUUCAUUUACUCUUGGGAAUUUGGUACAAAUUUUCUUCGAUUUUGUUCUUUGCUUCCUACAUAUUUGUGUGUGCAGGCAGGGAUAAAAUGAUGAGAAGGACUAUGUGCUAUAACAACAAUUAUAGCUACUAGCUACUAACAAUGAAGUAUUAAAUUUGGGCUAUAGAAUCCUGACCACUACUAGUGUAGCAGAGAGGUACCACAAGAGCCUUGUGCUUUGAUAUAGUGAUGGUCCAGAGCAAUGUUUCUCCCCCUUAACAACUUGAAGAUGUGUGCACUUUAACUCCCAGAAUUUCCCAGUUCAAAUCCACACAUCUCCAAGAUGUCAUGGUUGAGAAACUGGUCUGGAGUUUUGCAAUCCAGGUAGAGUGUUGGGAAUAACGAAGAACAGGAGGGGGUGUGGAGAAUGGCAGCAGCAUGGCUUAUGACUAAGCAAGGGAAACCCUCUUGGAGAUGCAUGUUAUUUGACUUGCUGAACAUUGGAAACAUUUCCCAGGAGAACAGUUGUGUUGUAAGAGUAGAAAUGCAGGCUGAGGCAUGAUAGAAAUAUAAUUAGAGGAUUAGUGAUGUAAAUGUUGAUAAACAAUUGCUAGCGAGCAGACUUCUGACUUGAUUUGCUUGUGGCAACGAGCAGGGAGGGAGGUAUGAGUUAAGUGAAGGAUAGGCACAAGGUCAGAUCCUGAUUUUGCUAUUUGGUUUUUUUCCCAUCUCAGCAGGCAAAUCUGCAGGGUGCCUGACGCUGUAUAAAUAUAGUUGUUGCUGUUGCUGCUGGGGGUGGGACUUGACGCAGUUCCAGACCGGCCUUGUCUUGGCAGGGAUAUGAACUAUAUUUUGCCUUGCCCAAAAGCUCUACUGUUUCCAGCCAAGAUGCAUUUGGUUCAUGAUACACUGAUGGGAGUAUCUCAUGAAUCUGUCAGCGGGCUAGAAACUGAGCUCACAUGCCAGUGGCAGUUGGAAUGUGAGCCUGCAGUGUAGUUCAGUGCAACAGCAUUAGGUAUUAGUCCCCAGUGCCUUUUGAUAAAAGAAAUGAAGAAAAAUAAAUCCUCAAAUCAAGCUGAGAUUCUUAUAAAUGUAUAGAAAUACAGUUGUGCUGGGUUUUUGGUGAUAAUACUUAAGUAGUUUGACAUUAUUUUUGUUUCUGUUACUAUUGUUUAUUUACCAAAUGUUUUUGUCUACAUCUGUCAGGAUCUUAGCAUGUGCAGAUGACUGAGACAGCAUUUGAAGUAGUCACCCAGGUCUUGCAAAUAUGUGCCUGCUUUGAUAUUUCAAAAAGAGUUACUUCAUUGGCUCUAUCACAUUUUUUAAAGGAUUUCUUUCAAAGGAUUUCUUUCAAAUGAUUUGUAUAGUCUGAAGUGGUAUGUGUUAUUUUUCCUUCAAGUCAUCGUUGACUCUUGAUGACUGUCUGGCCUGGUUCCUGCACUUUUCUUGCAAGAUUUCUGUAAUAUUUUUUGCUUGCUUCUAAGCAGUGGUGGGCGAACUGGUAGCGGCGAUGGUGAGCUGAGAGUGAACCGGUUCACUCCAACUGUCAAGUGCUAUACCUACCUAUAUUUGUUUGUUUUUAGCCCAGCUGAUAGGCACUGUAGAGCGGAUUGCUGUACCUCAGUUGUUCUGAAAUGCAAUGCACUUGCGUGAAGCAUACUGGUUGUAACACUGGUUGAAACCCACCACUGCUUCUAAAGGCUGAGAGUCAGUAACUGGUCCAAAGUUGCACAGCCUAAGGCAGGCCUAAAACAGUUUCUAGUCUGAGAUCUUAAGCAGGACACCAAACUGGCUGUUCACAAACUUAGUAACUAUUAGACAAUCCAUGCCCUACUGGGUCAUUGUUUCAGAGGUAUUUCCUUAGCUAGACAGAGAAAUAGAAUGACUACAGGUGGGCAAAAAGCAGUGGGAGUGGAAGCUUUGAGGGUGCCCAAGAGAUGCUGCAUGGAUCUGGGAACACACGGGGUGGUGCAGGUUGGAGAAGACAUGAGGGGGAGUGGCACAGGUUGAGCCCACAGGACACAGACAUGUGCCAGGAAGGAUGUAUUUUCCCUUCCCUUUCCAUGGGUAAAUGACUGCUGCUGGGUGGGGGAAGGAAUGAGGGAUUGCAAGACUGGCUGGGAAACUGUCAUAGAAUGUUGAAAAUGAAAGUCAUAUGACCACAGCUCAGCAGCAGCCAGCAGCACUGGAUCAGCCACAGUUUUUCCCUAUGUCAUCCCCCUAAGACACAUAGGUCAAGGAUUUGGAUACUUUCUGUAAGUUAGCCUAUUUCAGUAACUUGGCUGAAAAAUUGUUGCCCUAUGAUUCACGAAUUUGUCUAGUUAAAUGCCAUGACAGUGAGAGUUUUAGUAGUGUAUAGAUUAGUUACUUCAGAUAAAGGGAACUUCCCUGGCUAAGAGCAAUAUACAUUAGAACAAUGGUACACUUUGGAACAUGUUAGCUGGGAUUCUUGGAAGUGAGUUUUGCGAAGGAUUCUGAAGAUCAGAAAAGUGGAAUAUGAGCAACAGCAAGAUUUCAAACCUUGACACAAGUGUAGAGGCGGCUCUUUUUUGGUCAUGUCUCGACGAAGCCAACGUAUUGGUGGAACUUUUCGGAGUUAUCAAAGUGAGGACACUGGCAACAGUGGACGAAGUUCUCUGCUAAGUGGGCCUCAGCCCCUGUUUAUAGAGAAUUCAAGCAGUCGAACUCUGAGAAGGAAACCAAGCAGUAUGAAACGUCUCUCUCCUACACCUAGCCUAGGGAUCAGUUCUGCUCCCCAUACUACCUCCUACUACAGUGAGUCUGUCAUUAAUGAGUCUUAUCUAACUGAUGACAGAGGAUUUUCUCUUAAAACUAAUGCGACCUUUGAUGAGCCACUGGAAAGCAGUUCUUAUUGGAGUGAGGACUUUUCAUCAAGAAGAAGAAGAGGUACAGGGGGCAUCGAGUCCAGUAAGAAAAUCAAUGGAUUAGGAGACAGGAAGACAUAUGACACCUAUGGUUCUUCAUCUGGUUAUUCCUCUGAAGAUGACUACACAGGUGGUUCUUCCAUGGAUCAGAAUACAUCCAAUUUUGGGUUCAAGAGUGUCCUCUCCAAAGUAGGGUCCUUUAUUUGGCUGGUGCUUUUAGCCCCAGGACGGUUCUUUGGUUUGUUAUACUGGUGGAUGGGGACUAUGUGGUAUCGUCUAACAACUACAGCCUCUCUCCUGGAUGUCUUCAUUUUAACCCGGAGCUAUCCAGUGAAGAAGAUAAUGCUGUUUAUGCUUCUGUUUUUGCUCCUGAGCUCUGUUGGUUAUGGUGCCUGGUAUUUUUAUCCCUUUGGGCUUCAACCUUCUAUAUUUUCUUGGGGAACAGUGAAAUUAUUUCCCUCUGGCACCAAGAAGGACCAAGAAAUUGGAGAGACUGCUAUAUUUUCUGAGGCUCAGCAACAGGCUUUGUCUCGGAUCCAAGCACUGGAAAGACGUUUUGAGACCCUGGAAAGUACAGCUUCUAUGCUAGAAUUCCAGAAAAGAAAGAACACAGAAGGUGCUACCCUGUCACAUGAGGAUACCCUGGUGCUUCUGGAUGGGCUGAUGACUCAGCAAGAGGCAGCCAUGAGAGAGAAGCUUGGCUCAGACAUAGAUCUUCAUCUCCAGAAUAAGUUGGAUGCUUUCCGAUCCCAGAUGCAGAAGGAUUUUGACAGUCUCCUGAAGAAAGUCUCUCGGACUUCUGAGCAGGUGGAGGCCCAGACGCUUGAGAAGAUAGCUCAGUGGCAAAGAUCCAUAAAAGAAGACCUAAUGAAUACUUUCCGAAAGGAAAUGGAUAAACUGGAGGAACAUUUAUCAAGUCUGAAAAAUGAACUUGUGACUUUAGGUUCUGAUCAGAAGGCAUUGUCAAGACAAGUGGAAUCUCUUCCAGGGCAGAUCAAGGAAAUGCGAGAAGAUGUGGAAAUUCAGUUUCCGACAUGGUUUAGCCAAUUCCUGUCCCGAUCUAGAGAGGAUAAAACUGGAAAAGCUUUUGUCCAGCAUGAAGAAUUACAGGAGCAGUUGCGCAGAUUAGAACACAAGAUCCUUGCCAAGAUCUUGAAGGACCAAGAAUUGUCUGUGCAGGAUGUUGGAGUCACGCUUCAUAAAGAAGGAAUUACAGGAGUGACUGAGGAGCAAGUUCAUCAUAUUGUGAAUGAUGCCCUGAAGCGCUACAGUGAAGAUCGCAUUGGAAUGGUUGAUUAUGCACUUGAAUCUGGAGGGGCCAGUGUAAUCAGCACCCGGUGUUCAGAAACCUAUGAGACCAAGACUGCACUUCUUAGCCUUUUUGGCAUACCAUUGUGGUAUCACUCCCAGUCUCCAAGAGUCAUUCUACAGCCAGAUGUCUAUCCUGGAAAUUGUUGGGCCUUCCAAGGCUCCCAAGGUUUUGCUGUCAUCCGCCUUUCAAGCAGGAUCCAUCCCACUGCUGUGACGUUAGAGCAUAUCUCCAAGUCGCUUUCCCCCCAUGGAACCAUUCCCAGUGCCCCCAAGGACAUUGCAGUCUUUGGCUUAGAGGAAGAAGGGCAUCAAGAAGGCAUCCUCCUUGGGAAGUUCACAUACAAUCAAGAUGGGGAUCCUAUCCAAACAUUUCACUUUCAGGAUAUAGACAGACAGGCAGCCUUCCAGCUGGUGGAGCUCAGAGUUCUCAGCAACUGGGGCCAUCCAGAAUACACCUGCAUUUAUCGCUUCCGUGUGCAUGGGGAGCUGGUCUCAUAACGUCUUCUUGCACCACUGGCUCAAAAGUCACCUACCUCAAGAUCUGCACUUCAGACUCAAAGGCAGUUGGGAAGCAGUGCCAGGAAGACAGGCAGCUUCGAAUGGGCAAUAUAUCUUUUUUGCUAUGUUGCACAGAGAUGGGAUGUAAGCUCUGACACUCCCUGAUCAGUCAGCUCUCUCCUGGAAACAACACUCUUCUGAAUGCAGAGGAAGAAAGAGGCCUUUUGGAUUGGUAUUUUAUAUUUAGCUGUUCUUAAAGCAGAUUUUUAAACAUACUUAAUCCAGUUCAUAUUUAUCCCGUCCUUUAUAUUUCUCCAAACUUGAUUUCUGGCUGUCCCUUUGAAGCUCAAUGUUCCGGGGACCGAAGGCAUAUUUAAACGAGCUAAGCAAUGCAGAAAAAAAAAUUGGCAGUGACGUAAGGUUUGGUGUGAAGUAAGGAUAUAAAGCCUUUGCCAGGUUCUAGGGUUCUAUUUAGGCCCUUGUUAGUGUGUUCCCCCUCCCCUCCAAAACCUCAACCUCUUCAUAGAAAGGUGCCUUUUACUGUGCCUAUUCUGAGUGGUUCUGGGGGAUACAGAAGGUGUGCUGGAAACUCUGUCCAGUUGACAGUUUAAAAAAAGUGGUGUCAUAACUUUGGUCACCUUUAUAUCUUAAUCAUUUUGUGUGGAGACAGGUAAAAGGAUGUUUUCAUGAAAUCAAUCACAGAUGAGGAUUGUAGACUUAGGGCCAUUCCUCUUCCUGUGUAGACAGGAUUCCGUGGGAAGCAACAAUGCACAGAUUCAAAAGCUACAGACGGAAAGGGGGGAUUGUUUAUUAGGAAACUGUGAUGUGUUUAGAAAUUGGAAGCUGCAGUUUUGAAGAAUGGGAAAAAAAGAGUUUUUCUAUGGGGAAAAUAGUGUAAAGAUAAACUAGAGUUAUUUGUAUGGAUUAAAUGUUGAUGCUUAUUUCCCAAUGUGCAGUAUUUUGUUUCUUAGAAAAUGAGAUAUUGUCACUGGCCUAGAAUCAAAUACACCAGCUCCUAAUAAGAGGGAGAUGGUUGCUAAUGCCGAUGGCAAAGUAUGCAGCAUGUUCAGAAAUGAAAUAUCUCUGAAUACUGUUUUCUUGAAUAUCCGAUAUAUUUCACAACAGUCAGUAUUACAAUAUUAGCUCCAAAUACGAAACUUGUUUCAUAUUGAAUUCUGUCUUUUGACCUGCUUUCAGUGGACAAGUUGCUUAUUGUAGUUCACAAAAAUUUAAAAGAUUCUUCAACUGAUUUCAACUCCUAAUGAUAAUAUAGAUAUAUCAGAAGCUGCUGUGAUUUGGACUGUAUAUGUUGAAAAGAGAUUAAAUGCUGUUUUUAAGCUUGCAUAACAUAUAUAUUAAUCUUAUAAGCCAUUAAGAGUAGCAGGAACUUGAACUUCUAAUGUACCACAACCGUAUAUUUCUAAGCUAAUUGAAUUUUCAGCCAUUUAUUUGAAUAGUUCCUUGAGACAGAGAAAGUGCAACUAAAUGUCUAUAAUAACUUGCUAAAAUGGUUCCAUGCUGACUAAAUAGUAAAGAAACUGCGAUAUUUCUGCAAAAUAUGAGAGUUAGUCAGAGUUCUGAGGUGGCAUAACUUUUUAAACAUUGCUAAUGGCAUGAAAAAGCAGCCCCCACCUCUUUAGUUGAAAACAAACACAGCAAAGAAUAAAACAGCAAGCCAAGGAAAACUAUCUUCCAGUUAUACUAAUUGUUGAUCACAGAAACAAUUUUAUACGUGGAAAGAUUUUAAAAAUGCUGUUCUUUUUCUUUGCUCUAAAAUGUUACAUUCUGUUUAACUGCUACCCUGUCUAGCGGAAAAGCUUUGUUCUUAGUAUAGACAUAUGCAAAGAACAUUUUUAUUUUUGCUAAAUGGAUCAUCGAAUGAAAUUGCGCUCAGUAGAUACAGCCUUCUGGAUUGUUGCCUAAAUAAUUCCUCCUCCCACCCUUACUUGAGAAGGGUGUAAUAGCCAUACAUGGCAAAAGAGUGUGGAGACUUUGAUGGGUCUCAAAAGACCCAACUUUUCAGACUGAAAUAAUUUUGGAACCAACAAAUGCUUCCUGCUUUAGAAAAAUUGAUCUAAGGGGGAGAUAUACAGCCUUGUCCAGCAUUUCCAAUUUGGGUCCCUCCAGAUGUGUUGGUCAACCUAGAGGUCUGUCAGUGUGGUCAUUAAUAGUUGACAUCGACUUGAUGACCCUAAAUCAAUCCAGAUAGGUUGGGAUUACCAGAACAGAGAUCAGAUGGGGAAAAAUGAUCUGGCAUUUGGAACAUACUAGCCAACGUGAAUAUUACCUCUAUUCUUGACUGCAAUGGUUUUUAUUAUUUAAAUGAAGACACAUAAACAUUUAGGUAGGUAACCAUGCUGACAACUGAAGAGAGAAUGUAGAGAUAUUUGGUAGCAGGACGGUACAGUGAUCUACACCAGAGUACUGUAAAUGUUGAAUGUCCUGGGUUCAAUCUUUGAUACAUGUGGUUAAAGUUAAGAAAACCUUAGUUCUGCAAAUAAUUGUUGCUAGCACUGUCCAAAGGAGCUGCAGCAGUUCUCUUGCAGCAGAAAAAAAAACCUAGUCCAAUUGGGUCAACUGGUUCCUUUCGUCCCUAAGGCUAGGUGACAGUGGAGUAGGCUGGGCUUGGCCAUUUCCUUUGCUUUGGGGCUUUGUUUUAAAAGCAUUUUCUCAAUUGUAAAUAUAAACGUAGUGGAUGUGCACAAUGUGCACAAAUUUACUGCUGCACUUUGGUAGCUAUAAUGGCAGAGUAGUAUCUGUUACUCAUUCCAUGUACCUAUUGAGAGAAGAGGUGUGGGGCAAAGGACAAGGUUUCUUGCAACUAGAACUGGUGCAUGCAUAUAACAGUAUUAUAGAAGAAAUAGUAUUACUUGGGCCUUGCCUCACUUCUUCAGUAUGAAGAUGUGACUGCUCUGACAUAAUAUAACAUAGCACGUUACAAUAUAACAUAGCACAUUGAGAAAUAUUUAGCUAACAAAGGUUUGUUACCAUUAUUGGGCUCUAUAAACUUUGUUAACCAGCUGCAUCUAACAGAAAGAACUAGCUAGUAUUUGUGAUGUUUGUGCAGACCUCCGGUACUAUUUGUCUUUCCUUGUGUGUACUUAUAAAAAUGACAGAUGGGUUCUAUCAGUCCAUGUGCCAAGAAUAAGGAAUUACUAGCUGAUCACUCUUUCAGUAUUUCUUUAUCAGGUGCCCAGAAUCAGGUAGCAUUUUUAUCUAUCUUUAGGUUCCAAUAAUAAAUCCCAUGUUCUUUGACCUAUAGUAAUUUUUUAAUUGAUGACUUCCCCUUCAAUGUUACAGUAAAGGCUGUUUCCAGCACUUUUUAAAAAAAUUAGAUAAAAGGACAGCAGUUUUCCUUGCCAUAAGAAUUCUAAUUACAAAAAUUUGUUUCAACAUCUGAAUCCUUAUGCUCCUUCUGGCACAUUAUAGGCCUGCAUUAGUUCAC